GAACUGCAUCCGGGGCGAGGCUUCGCCUAUUGUCUGGGUUACGGAGGCGGCCUGUGGGACGCCGCGCAGCCUCUCUCUCUUCAGCGCGGGGUUGCCGCCUAGAGGGGAGGCCUGCCGGGCUUGGGGCUGAGGGCUGCCUCCUCAUGUGCCCGCGAGCGGCUGCUCGGCUCCAGUGAUGGAUCGCAGCUCGAAGAGGCGGCAGGUGAAGCCCUUGGCAGCUUCCCUGCUGGAAGUUUUAGAUUAUGACAGUUCAGAUGACAGUGACUUUAAGGUUGGAGAUGCUUCAGAUUCUGAAGGCAGUGGACAUGGCAGUGAAGAUGGAUCAAAGGAUAGCGGCGAAGGCUCCUGUAGUGAUUCAGAAGAACAUAUCUUGGAGGAAGAGCUGGCAGAAGAAGAAAAAGUAGAGGACGAACAACCUAAAAGCUCAGGUGGAGAAGAGCUGCCCAUAACAGAGAAAGAGGUGAUUAAAACUGAGAAAGAGGAAGAAGAGGAGGAGGGGGUGGAUGGAGAAGAGAAGCCUAUAAAGAAAAAAGAGAAAGAGAAACCCUCAGAAGUGGAUGCUGGCAUUGAUGAGCAGACAAACGAACCCAAAAAAUGGAAUUUGCGAAGAAACCGCCCUCUGCUAGAUUUUGUUUCCAUGGAGGAGCUGAAUGACAUAGAUGACUAUGACAGUGAAGAUGACAAUGACUGGCGUCCAACUGCUGGGAAGAGGAAGGGGAAAAACACACUACGUAAAGAGGGAAGUGAUGCAGAUAAUGAGGAUGAUGAAGAUGAUGGGAGCGGGAGUGAGGAGGAUGACAAUGAAGAGGAAGGCAAUGAGGAAGAGGAGGAGGAGGAGGAUGAUAACAGCAGUGCUGCUAGUGAUGGCGGAUCCAAGAAGAAAAAAGCGAAAGCUCUUAGCAGAAAUAGUGCUGAUGAGGAGGAGCUGACAAAUGAUAGCCUGGCCCUUUCACAAAGCAAGAGCAAUGAGGACUCGCUGAUUCUUGAGAAAUCUCAGAACUGGAGCUCUCAGAAAAUGGACCAUAUUAUGAUUUGCUGUGUUUGUCUUGGGGAUAAUAGUGAAGAUGCUGAUGAAAUAAUCCAGUGCGACAAUUGUGGAAUAACAGUGCAUGAAGGUUGUUAUGGUGUUGACGGCGAAAGUGAUUCUAUUAUGAGCUCCGCUUCAGAAAACUCCACUGAACCAUGGUUCUGUGAUGCCUGCAAAUGUGGUGUUUCUCCGAGCUGUGAACUCUGCCCCAACCAAGAUGGAAUCUUCAAGGAGACGGAUGCUGGCAGAUGGGUCCACAUUGUUUGUGCACUCUAUGUUCCAGGAGUAGCAUUUGGAGAUAUUGACAAACUGCGGCCGGUUACUCUUACAGAAAUGAACUAUUCCAAAUAUGGUGCUAAGGAAUGCAGUUUUUGUGAAGAUCCUCGUUUUGCCAGAACUGGCGUUUGUAUUAGUUGUGAUGCUGGGAUGUGCCGAGCAUAUUUCCAUGUGACGUGCGCUCAGAAGGAAGGCCUGUUGUCAGAAGCAGCAGCUGAAGAGGAGAUUGCAGAUCCCUUUUUUGCUUACUGCAAGCAACAUGCAGACAGGAUGGAUAGAAAGUGGAAGCGCAAGAACUAUUUGGCUUUGCAAUCUUAUUGCAAAAUGUCUUUGCAGGAGAGAGAGAAACAACUGUCACCAGAAGCUCAGGCCCGAAUUAAUGCCAGACUACAGCAGUAUCGUGCUAAGUCAGAAAUAGCACGUACCACGAGGCCGCAGGCGUGGGUACCAAGGGAGAAACUGCCACGGCCGCUCACUAGCAGCGCUUCAGCAAUACGUAAGCUGAUGCGCAAAGCAGAAUUAAUGGGAAUUAGCACAGACAUCUUUCCAGUGGAUACUUCAGAUACCAGUUCCAGUGUGGAUGGAAGAAGAAAACACAAACAGCCAGCCUUGACCGCUGAUUUUGUCAAUUAUUAUUUUGAGAGAAACAUGCGCAUGAUCCAGAUCCAAGAAAAUAUGGCAGAACAGAAGAAAAUUAAGGAUAAGCUGGAGAACGAACAGGAAAAACUUCAUGUAGAAUAUAACAAGUUGUGCGAGUCUUUAGAAGAACUUCAGAACGUGAAUGCAAAGCUACGAAAUGAAGGACAAGGAAUAUGGGCUGUGCUUGGUAGAAUAAUUGGGCAGAAAUUGAACAUACCAGCAAUUUUGCGAGCACCCAAGGAAAGAAAACCGAGUAAAAAGGAGGGUGGAACCCAGAAGGCUACAGCCCUCCCUGCAGUUCUCUAUAGUUGUGGGAUUUGCAAGAAGAACCAUGAUCAACACCUCCUUUUGCUGUGUGAUACUUGUAAACUCCAUUAUCAUCUUGGAUGUCUGGACCCUCCACUUUCAAGGAUGCCAAGGAAGACUAAAAACAGUUACUGGCAGUGUUCAGAGUGCGACCAAGCAGGUAGCAGUGACAUGGAAGCCGACAUUGCCAUGGAAACUUUACCAGAUGGAACUAAGCGAUCAAGGAGACAGAUUAAGGAGCCAGUGAAAUUUGUUCCACAGGAUGUACCCCCAGAACCAAAGAAGAUUCCUGUCAGAAACACGAGAACUCGAGGACGAAAACGAAGCUACAUUCCUGAAGAAGAAAAACCUGAGGAACGUAUUCCUAGAGAAAGAAGACAAAGACAGUCUGUAGUACAAAAGAAGCCUAAGUCUGAAGAUUUAAGAACCGAAUGUGCCACAUGUAAGGGAACUGGGGAUAAUGAAAAUCUAGUCAGAUACUCUUCAUGAGACACUACUCUGCCACAACUCAUCCCCGGAGGCAGUCCUGGAAACUACUUUUAUAAAUGUGAUUUUAAGCUGUGGAUAAGACUUUCAAUAGAACACAAACUAAAGGAUAACAGUGUAUUUAUCCCUUCCUUAUUCCUAGUUAUGACAAAAACUUGAGUUUGCUUGCCCAUGUUACCCAUCAGUAACAUACCCAUGUAACUGAUGGGUAUGUUACUUGGACUGACAAGGCAGUUAAUUUACUUGAAUUUUUUUCCUUUGCACUAAUCAGGCACAUUGGUAUGUGCAUUUCUGGAAAAUACUGGAUAAAUGUCUUGUCUGAAAUGUUCUAUUAAGUAAUUUUGUCUCCCGUUGCUAGUCUUUGGCAAAUGAUGAUGUACAGUAUUUAGAGUCACUGAAGAGUGACAGGAGCCUAUGGAACUUAAAUACUUUAUGUGAUGUUGUUGAAUAGGAAAAGCAAUGCUUUGUCAUUUGUUGGCUGCUCUACUUUUUGUGCCUCUUAAUAAGCAAAUUCUUAUAUAAAUGUGUUGAAGAGCUAUAUGUAAAAGGCUUGUUUUCUGUAAAAGUGUUCAGUAUAGUGGCAAUCGGAUACCUGUAAAAAACAAAAACAAAAAAAUUCAUGCAGUCUCAUGAUGAAGUAAGUUUUGCUAUGUAAUAAUUGACUUUGUGCCUAUUAGUAUGUUGUGUUAAAAGAGUCACUGAGUGAACACAAUUGACUUGAGAAGAGGGGAACCCAAAUCCUGUGGCUUUGUCUCAGUGGGCUUGUGUGUUCUGGAGUGGGGGUGCUUCCUUUAGCCAGCAACAAUACCUAUACAGCAAGCCUGCAACAUACGUAGAGGUUACAUUCUGGGUGUUGCGCCUAAAGCCAAAAUUGUAUACAGUGGUGCCUCGACUUACGAAUUUAAUCCAUUCCGAAGGCACCUUCGUAGGUCAAAAAAUUCGUAAGUCGAAAAGUGCCAUUGGAAACACGAUUUCCCAUAGGAAUGCAUUGGAAAUGGAAAAAUUCGUGAGUUGAAGCAACCCCAUCUAAAAAUUCGUAAGUUGAAAAAACCCUAUCUAAAACCGCCACGGUUUCCGUUCGGAUGUCGAGAAAUUCGUAAGUGUGCGGCCAUUUGCCCACUUGUAAGUCAAAAAAUUUGGUUGUCGAGUCGUUCGUAAGUCGAGGUACCACUUUAUAGUCAAUACACAUUGUGUUCAGCAGUGGGUGGGUUUGCCAAACCCUUUUUCUACCGAACAGACAGCCCCUUCCCACCCCAUUAUUAUUAUUAUUAUUAUUAUUAUUAUUAUUAUUAUUAUUAUUAUAUUUUGCCAAGCAGGUAUACCUGGAUAUGCACAAGUUAAAUGUGCAUAAGUUGCGGGCUUACUGCAUGGUAAUUUAGGGAAAAACAAAGUUGGUCAACCAGUAUUACUGAACAAGAGAUACCCAGUAGCAGUCUGUGUUUUUGUUUAAGACUUGUAAAUUUUUCAAAUAAUUUACUUGACAGCAUAAGCAUUUGAAAUGCUUAUUUUUGCCCUUCUUUGAACAAAGUUGUUUGUGCAUUUGUAACAUUGAAGUAUAUAAGUUGCGAUCCAACAAAGAUACUCAUGGGGCUGGUAGAACUACAAGGUUCCUUUGAAAUAUUCUUGCUCAAAGUAUUCCAUUUGUCAUUGUUGAAAAGCAAGCUGCAUUUUAAAGUGAAAGUUGGCUUGGCUCUUCUGCAGUACAGGAAAUGUCAAAGAACCCUCCUACUAGGUGGGUGUCCUCCUUAUGCACACUAAUCACUUUGUUGGAUCACAGCCAUUGUAUUGGAAAUCAUUGGGUAUAUGAAAAUACCGUGGUAUCUUGGAGCAUUUUGCAAGGUAUAUUUUAUAAUCAGAGUUAUUAACCUAGAAAUUAGAUUAAUAAUAGCUGUAUAAAAUAACAGGAAAUGAUACAUUAGUGUAUUUUCAUGGUUAUGGCUAGACACUGUAUCAUAUUUGGAUAUGUUCAAUAAAAUAACUAGAUCUCCUUGGUUUUACUGUUUGAAAUAAGCAUUUUGUCAAGACUGUAAUAACAUUGUGUUCUAGAUUUAAAUAUGCACAUUAGAAUUGGCUUAAAAGAGGCUAGAUGCAUCAAUGUUUUGGCUAAGAUUUGGUAUAAAUGUUGGCAUGUGAAUAUAAAACUUAUUCUGCAUUAAAACAUUUUAUAUUUACAUGCUUAUUUACUUAUUUAAAAGAGGGUUUUCCUCCAGAAUGGCUUGCACAAGAAAAGGUGCAAGAUGCCGGUAUGGUUCUUGUGGCUGGUUGUACAGCAGACUGAUAUUUCCUGUUGCACAACAGGCUUCCACUAGUGUUGCACUGGAUUUCAUAUUAAGGAAGCAAUAUUCUUGCCCUUACACUAGCUCAACAGCCCUUGAAUUAGUGGUCAGAAAACAUUGACUCUGGGCCAGAAAAUUUAUACAUUUUCUUGUCUUAGCCUUAGUAGAGCUUAAAUAGUAUAUAUUCCUAUUUAAUAUGAGAAGGUUGUUAGUACUGUAAAUACCUGCUUAGUGAUCACUAAUAACUGAUAUAAAAACAAAUACAUUAACUCUUGGGGGGGGGAAUGGUGUAUUGAUUCCCAUGCCUCAGUCCAGCCAUCCUAUGCCAAGUAGUAUGAUUUUCACUAUGCAUGCAGAAUUUACCUCUGCCUGAAUUGUGUUUGUGUAUUUUAUUUUACUUUGCUUUAGGCAGAUUCAUAUGAAGCAGUUGGUUUUUCUUAACAUAAACAUAGAUUUUACUUAGGUGUAAGAGCAGUUGUGUGUGUGCAUGUAAAGAGUUCUUUGUUCACUGUGCAUGUUGAACUAUUUAUUUGGGUGAAUUUGGGAAAUCAUAAUUAAGGUGCUUACAGAUUGAGCUUAUAUAUGCACAAUGCUGCUUGCCAGUUUUUAUACUUUGUUUCUUAGUUGAGCUUCAAAAUACAGUCGUACCUCGGAAGUCAAAAGGAAUGCAUUCCGGAAGUCCGUUCGACUUCCAAAAUGUUUGGAAACUAAAAUGCAACUUCUGAAGCUGUGUAAGCCGCGUUGGACGUUUGGGUUCCAAAGAACGUUCGCAAACCGGAACACUCACUUCCGGGUUUGCGGCAUUCGGAAGCCAAAACGUUUGACUCGCAAGGUGUUCAAGAUUCAAGGUAUGACUGUAAAGAGGGAUACAGCCCUUUCAGUUAAGAGAGAAUCCUUUGACUGCAUG